AUGAGACAUCAGCUCGAUGUUUACUACAAUCAUGGACCAUUUCAUUUCAAAAUUACAACUCAUAAUCGGUUUAUUGUAUCUAAAGGAAACAUGUUACACAUUGCGAUAAAAGUAAUUGACGAACAAUCGGGCAAUGUCAUAAAGUUGGUUAUAAGUUUGAAUAAUCCACCCACACAAAGAGCUCGUAAUCAGGAAGUAAUUUUAAUAUUUUGCAUCAUCGGACUGUGUACAGCAGCAGCUCCAACAAAAGCAAAAACAAACAACAAACAAAGUGAUGGUAAAGAAAAGCGAGAGUCGGGAUCAAGUUCGGGGCCGUACAGUUACGAAGCACCACAAAAGUCUAUUCAGAUUCAAGUUCCACAACAUCAACAGAAAGCUGUUGUAGUUGAACAUUAUCAGACGCAGCAUCAACCAAAAGUAGCUGCAAUUGAACAUUACCAGGCGCAACCACAGAAGAAGGUCGCCGCAAUUGAACAUUACCAGACACAACCACAAAAGGCUGCAUCCAUAGAUUAUUAUCAAGAAUCAAAGCAACAACCAAGUCCAGUUCACUACCAACAAUCACAGCAAUAUCAUGAAUAUCCACAAUUUAAAUCUUCAAGUGAAUAUCCGUCAUCAUUCGGUGGACUUUACAGCAGUGACAUAGCUAAGGAGUUCUCUGAUUAUUCCUAUAACUACCCAACUCUUGAAGCCUUCAAUCAUAUGCCAAUUGUUCAUUAUAGCCCAGAAACAAAUAAGAUUAACACAGCUGUUGUUAGUCUUCCAGGUCAAAGCUACAAAUCCCCAUCAUACUCCAGUUACAAAACCGCUUCCUAUCAACCUUCCUACUCAUUCAGUUCACCAGAAUCAUCUUACAGUUUCCCAGUUCAUUCCUAUUCCUAUCCACAACAAGAACAACAUGCUUCUUACGUUUCUAGUUAUCCUUCAGCAAGCUUCCAUUCAAUUUCAUCGGUUCCAACUUCUCAUUAUUCCUUCACCCAACCAGCUGCUUAUUAUGUCCCACAAUCAGUUUCCAUCGCUCCUAAACCUACAAAACUCCCAGAUUAUGCUGUAGGUACAAAAGGUUUGAGUCAUUACUCAACAGUUGCUGCUGUGCCAUUACCUGAAGCUCAUCCAACUCAAUCAGCAGUUUAUAUUAAGCAACAGCAAUAUGAAAUUCCUUCUUAUCAACAACAGCCACAUAGUGUUCAGUUCACUCAAACUGAACGUCCAUUCAAAGCUUCAAGUUACUUAGGAUCAUCACAUAUCUCACAUGGUGAUUCUCAUCACGAACAAUCAAUCAGUAGCAUCAAACCAACUGGAGAUUAUCAUCAAUCACAACCUCAGAAGAAUUAUCUUCCUGCAAAAGAACAACAACAUUAUGUACCACAACAAACUUACAUUGCACCAAGCAAAUCAUACUUGCCUUCAAAGGAACAACAUCAAUAUGUGCCUGAACAAUCUUAUUUGACUCCAACUAAGACUUAUUUGCCAUCAAAGGAACAGCAUUACGUUCCUGAACAGUCUCCAGUGACAUAUCAAGUGCAAUAUGUACAAGCACCAGCAAAAUCUCACAUUCAACCAGUUGCCAAAAAUUAUUUGCCAUCAAAGGCAGCUCAAGAACUCCCCAAGAGUUCUUAUCUUCCACCAAAAAAUUCCUACAUUCCUCCAAGUCAACCAACAAAUAAUUACCUUCCACCUAACAAUCCUUACCAUUCAGCUUCCCAUUCAUCACCAGUUCAAUACCAUCCUUUACCAUCUUUUGAAACAUCAGAUUAUCAAUCACAUUCGGGACAUAAAUAAACAUUUUGUUUGUCUCAAUUUCUCAACAGAUUUCCAUCGAACAUUUCCAUAGCGUUAUUUAUUCCACUUUCAUGUCCAUCACAAUGGCACAUAUGACUUUAUAAAAUGAAACGGAAACGUGAAAGAUAACGUUUAAAGUGUCUCCAUUAACCAGAUAGAAAUGAGAUAAUUUUAGAAAUAAAAACAUAAUUUGUAACCUCAACAAAGCAGACUUUGACUUAAUUUCAGAUGAC